CCAGCCCCUCAAUUUGAUUCACUUCCUGUAGUCAGACUCCUUCCCAAAAGUGGAGAGAGGGGGGAAACGGGGAAAGGAAGAAGUCUUUCUGUUCUAAAUAAGGCUCUCUAAGGAGCAGCAAGAAAACUCCUCGCCUCUGCAGAGCUUCAUAACUUCUGUACUUUGUGUCAGUGGCAGCCACAUCGUCGCGCACAGCUGCGUUUCAGAGCGUUUAAAAAACAAAACUGUGCGCCAGUUACACCCGAAUCCAUGCAUGGUACGGAUGAUACAAGUUUUUGACGCCCAUCGCCGAGUCUUCUCCUGAUUCCACGCACCGAGUUUGGAGACACUGUACGCUGUGAGACUUCACGGGGUUCAUGUACUGGAAAAAUGAAGUUUUGUCCCCUCUUUCAGAGGGAAAUAAGAUUCUGUCCGAAGGAAUUCCCACGAAGCAGGUGAUCUCCACCGAGCAUCAGAGUACACCGGGAGCCUCGCGCUGCAGUGUGGACUCUAAACACGCGCCAAUGUCUCACUCGGACGGAGAAUCCCAGCGGUCGAACAUGGAGCGGGAGGACACUCGCUCGUCCCCGAGCACCCCAUCCACCCCCUCCGUGUGCUCGCCGACCUCCACCACCAGCUCGGUGCCGUCCACCGGGAAGAACAUGUGUGCCAGCUGCGGCCAGGAGAUCCUGGACAGAUACCUGCUGAAGGUGAACAACCUGAUCUGGCACGUGCGCUGUCUGGAGUGCUCUGUCUGCAGGACGUCGCUACGUCAGCACAGCAGCUGCUACAUCAAAAACAAAGAGAUCUUCUGUAAAAUGGAUUAUUUCAGUAGGUUUGGUACUAAGUGUGCCCGCUGUGGGCGGCAGAUAUAUGCCAGUGACUGGGUGCGCCGUGCAAGGGGAAACGCAUACCAUUUGGCAUGUUUUGCUUGCUACUCGUGUAAGAGGCAGUUGUCCACGGGAGAGGAGUUUGGCUUGGUGGAGGAGAAGGUCCUGUGUAGGAUCCACUACGACACCAUGGUGGAGAACCUCAAACGAGCAGCUGAGAGUGGCAAUGGUAUCACAUUAGAGGGAGCAGUUCCAACGGAACAAGACAGUCAGCCCAAACCGGCCAAAAGGGCACGGACGUCUUUCACUGCAGAACAGCUACAGAUCAUGCAGGCUCAGUUUGCCCAGGACAACAAUCCAGACGCCCAGACGCUACAGAAACUCGCCGACAUGACAGGCCUCAGCAGGAGAGUUAUACAGGUGUGGUUUCAAAACUGCAGAGCAAGACACAAAAAGCACACGCCCCAGCACAGUGGGGCUCCUCCAGGUCAUCCCCAGUCCAGGAUACCCUCAUCCCUGCCCGAUGAGCUGCAUUACUCCCCCUUUGGCAGUCCUGAGCGGGCGCGCAUGGUGGCCCUUCACGGGUAUAUCGACAGUCAUCCCUUCUCCAUGCUGACCUCACAGGGUCUCCCUCACCAGGCCAUGUCGCUGCCCCAGCUCCCCCUCAGUCGCUAGCCACCACUAUGACCCCGAAACCUCCAGAUCUCAACCUUUGAUCUCCCAUCAGUGAUGUCUGCAGACCUGACCCGUAGGUCAUGCAGGAAUCAGCUUGGAGAAAAGACACAUCUCACAGGAGUCCUGCCCACUCGGAAACAGGGAAAAAAAUGGAAGAACGAGGAAAAACUAAGACACAUCCUUCAUUAUGUUUUUUUUUCUUUCUGAGGACAGGAAUAUCCCAUCUGCAGCCACUCUGUCAAAAAAAUGAUCAAGAAGCAUUUAUCAUUAGCGGGAACUCACUGACUUUUACACCACCUAAAGGACCCAUUUUGCUUCACAUGUACAGCAUCCUCCACUCUGCUCAUCCAUCCUCUGACUUUAAGGAGGAAGGGACUUUUAAGGGAUGAAACUGACCAAGGAAGCAGGAGUGAAGCCUCUUGAGUGCUUUCAGAAUACUGAAGAUAAAACAAAGAGGGGAAAUCUUAACUGUCAUUGUGGCCCAAGGGCCCGGCACACACAAUAGACCACAUUAGAGGUAAGACUCCUCACUCUUUUCUCUCAAAGCAACCAUGAAGGAAACACAAAUGUAAGUGAAAUAAGUUUAAAUAUUUUCGUUUGGAAUCACAUAACAACAGAAACUUCCUGAUUACACUGUUGGUAAAGUUCCCACUUAAAUUAGGUUAGGAUUUUGUUAAAAAAGAAAAAUAUUGGGUGCCUUAUCUUUUCCAUUAUAAAAAUACAUUUUAAAUUCUAGCAAGUAAUUUGACUCUAAACAAAUUUGUGAUUUGAGUGUUUUUUAUUUUAUUUAUUUAUUGUGUAGGACAAAUUACCAGGAAUUUAGAUAAUCCAUUAGUAGAAAUCCACUUUUUUAUCACAAAGGAAACCACAAAGUCUUGGCUCGUGUGUAAUUAAAUUAUGGCUAUAACAUUAGAAGCUAACAGAUUUUAGGCUGCCACAAUCCUGAUACAUUCCCAUAAACUGACAGAGAAACAGAGGGUCAGUCUGAGAUGGGCACACAGGUCAAACUACACACUCCUAGAAAAUCAUAUUACAUAUUUUUUACAUUUCCAAACAAGUGUAAUGUCAUUAAUUUAUCAUUUCUAAGGUUGCUUGUUCAGCCUCUGUGUGUGUGUCUUUCACUCAAAGAGGGAAAUGGAGUGUCGGUGUCUUGGUACAAUAUGGACAAUAUGAAACAGACUGGGGUUGUACAUAGACGUAUGUGUGUGUGUUUUUGUGUGUGCGUGUGUGUGUGUGUUGGCAGGGGUAGAGAGUGUGCAUCUGUAUUUUAGUACCAUGGCCAUUGUGUGAAGAACAGGAUCCAACAAGACCUCAAUGUCCUUGUAUUUAUUGAGAUGGUAAAUCCCUGUAAAGCACUUUUUCCUUCUGAAAUUGUUUUGUUUUGUUAAAAAACACGAAAUGAAAUCAAACAAAAAAGUUUAUUUGAUAGAAUGUGCAUCAUAAAUGUUUUGUGUACUAAAAUGCAAUAAAAUAGAAUGUGAUAUUUUUGUGGUUUUGGAUCAUUUGUGAGGAUAAAUUAAUAAAGCAAUAAUUCUCUUUUAUUUUCCCAAACAACAUGUGUGGCACAAAGCAAAAGAAAUUUGGCACAAAGAUUAAAUAGGCUCGAUCGAAUAGGCUAUUUUUCAAAUGACAAACGAACAAAUUAAAUAAAUAAAUAUGAAGUAAUUGUAUGUUCUAUGUGUUUUGUUAUUAUGCAUGAUGUCCUUUUGUGGGUGCAUGUAUUUGCCCUUAUUUUUGUUGAUAGUGGUGUACAUCCU